GCAGUAGCUUGAGCAUGAACCAAGGCCAUGACGACGACGCGACAGCAGACGCGCGCUGGCACAAUCGGCUCGGCGCGCUCCUGAGCGCCAGCGGCAAGUACGCCAAGGCCGUCGCCCACUUUGAAGCGGCGGUGCGCCUGGACCCGACGUACGCGGCCGCGCACUACAACCUUGGGAAUGCGCUCGUCUUCACGCGGCGCCAGGCCAACGACGACGAGGCGCCGCAAAGCGCGGUGGACCACUUUCGCCUCGCGAUUGCGCAUCAGCCGACCUUUCCCGACGCCCACGUCAACCUCGCCGCGCAGCUCUACGCGCUGGGCGACUGCGACGCCGCCCUGCUGCACGCUCGGACUGCGAUUCAGCAGGAUCCGACCAACGCCCACGGCUACUACAAUCUCAACACGAUCUACCGCGCGCUAGGCCAACAAAAAAUGGCCAUUGAGCUCUGCUGGGCGCGCGUCCAAGCUCUUGUGGGCGAAAGCAUCGAGCGGCCACCGACCGAGCCCGUGUACUGGCCGUCAUCGCCGCCCUCGACCAUCUCGAUCGCCUGCGUCAAGUGGGGCACCAAAUACGGACCCGACUAUGUCAACAAGCUCUACUUGGGUAUCCAGCGUCAUUUGGCAGCGCCAUUUCACUUCUACUGCCUCACGGACGACGCCAAUGGCUUGCUUCCACAGAUCCUCGUACACCCGCUCCAGUCGGGCUUUGUCGGCUGGUGGAAUAAAGCGCAGCUUUUUGCCCCCGACUUUCCCGCCACCGGCCGCGUUGUAUACAUUGACCUCGACACGGUCCUCGUCGGCGACCUUACGCCCCUCUGCUCGUAUGCAGGGCUCUUCGGUGUGCUUGGCACGGACGACAUGCGCAACGAGCGGCGGCGCGGGGGCAUCAACAGCAGCGUCAUGAUCUGGACUGCUGGCUCGCACGCGCACGUGUUUACGCUCCUCGCAUCCCACGCAGCUGCGGUCCACCAGUGCAUCUACAAGUUUGACCAUUGGCUCGAAAUGGUCUUGUACGAGCGCCACUACGACGAACUGCAGCUUUUGUACCCGGGGCACAUUGUCGAGUACAUGCAGGCGUGCCAGACGACGUGCCCCGGUGCAGCGCGGCUCGUGUGCUUUCCGUUGGAGCCCAAGCCGCAUUCCGCGCCUGCGCCGUGGAUUCGGGAGCACUGGGUGUGAAUUGCGAUCUUUUUGUCCGGAUAAUGUAUUUCAUCCGGAUUCUAUGUGUUUUAUUGCC